GCGGAGGCAGAGGAGGGCUCGCCGGAGCAGCCAUGUCCGCCAUCUUGGAGCGUCGGUGAUGGUGGCGAGCGGAGGUUUUCCCGCCUGAGCGGAGGCACCCGGGGCCUGUGGCGGGGGACGCGCUGCCGAGGAAGAAAUCUGCUUCAUCUAAUUAAAUGCUAAUUCAGUCCUGCUAAUCUGCUAGUACUGUAGAUUGAAAGAUUUUUUUGCUGUUGCCAGGAUACCCUGUAAUGGGCAAGAAGCCUGAGAGAAUACAAAACGUUCUGAUUUUUUAACUUUUAAAAACUUUGUGUUUGACAGGACCUGGGCUCCUGUUGAGAAGUGAUGGAAUAAUCUGUGGCCGGCACCUGACAUAUUGAGGGAGCAGCCCAUAAAAGAGCUUGCCUGGGAGACAGUUUGUGAAAUAACACAGUAACAUGUUUGCAGUAACCAGCAUGUUUUGGAAAUUUGAUCUCCAUUCAUCAUCGCACAUAGAUACACUUCUAGAGAGAGAAGAUGUAACACUGAAGGAAUUGAUGGAUGAAGAGGAUGUUCUACAGGAGUGCAAGGCUCAGAAUCGCAAACUUAUAGAGUUUCUGCUGAAGUCAGAAUGUUUGGAAGACUUAGUUUCAUUUAUUAUUGAAGAGCCACCUCAAGACAUGGAUGAAAAAAUUCGAUAUAAAUACCCAAACAUAUCAUGUGAGCUACUUACAUCAGAUGUCUCACAGAUCAAUGACAGACUGGGAGAAGAAGAGUCCUUACUCCUGAAACUGUACAGCUUCCUCUUCAACGAAUCUCCUCUAAACCCUCUACUGGCCAGUUUCUUCAGCAAGGUGUUAAGUAUUCUUAUCAGCAGAAAACCAGAACAGAUUGUGGAUUUUUUAAAGAGGAAGCAUGAUUUUGUAGACCUCAUUAUUAAGCACAUAGGGACCUCUGCUAUCAUGGACUUGUUGCUCAGGCUACUGACUUGCAUAGAACCUCCACAGCCCCGGCAAGAAGUGCUAAAUUGGCUGAAUGAGGAAAAAAUUAUCCAGCGGCUUGUGGAAAUAGUACACCCAUCUCAAGAUGAAGAUAGGCAUUCAAAUGCAUCACAGUCACUCUGUGAAAUUAUUCGUCUAAGCAGAGACCAGAUGCUACAAGUACAGAACAGCUCAGAACCAGAUCCACUACUUGCAAGUUUAGAGAAACAAGAAAUCAUAGAGCAGCUUCUGUCUAAUAUUUUCCAUAAAGAAAAAAAUGAAUCUGCAAUAGUCAGUGCAAUCCAAAUCCUGUUGACCUUACUUGAGACAAGACGACAGACAUUUGAAGGACAUAUAGAGAUCUGUCCUCCAGGCAUGAGCAAUUCCACAUACUCUGUCAACAAAAGUGUUUUAGAAGCCAUAAAAGCACGACUUUCAUCCUUCCAUGAGCUCCUACUUGAGCCUCCAAAAAAAAGUGUCAUGAAGACAACCUGGGGUGUACUGGAUCCACCUGUAGGAAACACGCGUUUAAACGUGAUUAGAUUAAUAUCUAGCCUUUUACAGAUAAAUACAAGCAGCGUGAAUCAGGAGCUUAUAGAACUUAACAGCAUAGGAGUAAUACUGGACAUGUUUUUUAAGUAUACGUGGAAUAACUUUUUGCAUACUCAAGUAGAAAUCUGUAUUGCAUUAAUUCUUGCAAGUCCUCUUGAAAACACGGAAAAUGGCACAAUUACAGAUCAGGAUUCCAGUGGGGACAAUCUCUUACUGAAACAUCUCUUCCUUAAGUGCCAAUUAAUAGAAAGAAUACUUGAAGCGUGGGACAUGAAUGAGAAGAAACAGGCUGAAGGAGGAAGAAGGCACGGCUACAUGGGUCACCUGACAAGGAUAGCAAACUGCAUUGUGCACAGUACAGAUAAGGGGCCAAACAGCACACUAGUCCAGCAGCUCAUCAAAGAGCUUCCAGAGGAGGUCAGAGAGCGAUGGGAAACAUUCUGCACAAGCUCUUUAGGAGAAACCAACAAGAGGAAUACAGUGGAUCUGGUUACGACCUGCCACAUUCAUUCUUCCAGUGAUGAUGAAAUAGACUUUAAAGAAACUGGCUUCUCACAGGAUUCUUCUUUGCAGCAGGCCUUUUCUGAUUAUCAGAUGCAACAAAUGACGUCCAAUUUUAUUGACCAGUUUGGCUUCAACGAUGAGAAGUUUGCUGAUCAAGAUGACAUUGGCAAUGUUUCUUUUGAUCGGGUUUCGGACAUCAACUUUACUCUCAAUACAAAUGAAAGUGGCAAUAUAGCCUUGUUUGAGGCAUGCUGUAAGGAACGGAUACAACAGUUUGAUGAUGGUGGCUCUGAUGAGGAAGACAUUUGGGAAGAAAAACAUAUUGCAUUUGCACCAGAGUCCCAGAGGCGUUCCAGUUCGGGCAGUACAGACAGUGAAGAAAGUACAGAUUCUGAAGAAGAGGAUGGAACUAAACAAGACUUGUUCGAAUCCCACACCAAUACAGAGGACAAAAUGGAAGUAGACUUAAAUGAACCACCUAACUGGUCAGCGAACUUCGAUGUACCCAUGGAGACUGCACAUGGUGCCAGUCUGGAUUCUGUUGGCUCUGCUGUGUGGAGUAGUGAAGCACCUGUGCCAGCUAAAGAAACUGGCUGGGCUUCCUUUUCUGACUUCACAUCCUCUUUGAGCUCAAAAGACUCCUUAAGAAGUAAUUCUCCUGUGGAAAUGGAAACAAACACAGAUCCAGGUGAUCCCUUGAGCGCAAAUGCAGCUACUCUUACAACACAGCUAGACACCCCUGCAAGUGUUGCUAUGGAGGCCAGCUCAGAUGGAGAGGAUGAUGUGGAAAAUGCAGACAAGGUAACUGAGACAGUCAUGAAUGGCAGCAUGAAGGAGACACUGAGCCUAACUGUAGAUGCUAAAACUGAAACCGCUGUUUUCAAAAGUGAGGAAGGAAAAUUGACUACCUCGCAGGAUCCUUCUUGUAAAUAUGUAGUAGAAGAGAAUACAGAGGUUGCAGAAGAGGUCUCUUCAGGUCUUCAGCCUACUAACAGCAGUUCAGAACAGAGGACUGAUCAACAUACCCAUUUAGGAGAGGCAUCUGUUAACGGCCCUGUAUGAUAUGUGAUGUCUGCUACCUUGGCUGAAGAGAAAGAACUGAUGUCCAGGUGUUUGAGUGUUUCUUGAGGAUAUCAUCUAGACCCUGUUGAAGCCAGUCACUGCUGCACUAAUUUCGCAAGGAAUCAGGACCAGCAACAUUUAUAUUCUAGAUUUUAAGACAUUGUACAGAAAUUCAUAAGUGUAAAAAUAUUGCACAUUGAGAAAUACCAAUAAUUUUUGCGUAUGUUUAUAUUGUAUUGUUCUAAAUAAUGGGGGGCCUGUGAAAUAAGAUCCUGCUACCCAUGUAAUGAUGACAGUAGUGUUACUAUAGUUAAAAUGGCUGUAAGAAUAGUUUUAUAAAAAAGUGAAUACAAAAAUCUAAUGUAUUUGAGACAUAACUAUUUGACGAUUAGUGUGACCAAAGUAUUUAGCAGUUUUCUUACAUUUUUCACCUUGUAAAAAAAGAAAAAGAAAAGUCAUGUUUUUUUGAAACUUGAGAUGCCCUAUAAAUGUUAUUUUGGUUGGUUUAGCUUAAAAAAGUGAUUUAAAUAAGAAUUUUUUGGUGUUCAACAUUUUACAGCAGGUUUUUUAAUUGGUAAUUGUUUUCUGUAUCGUUCAAAACAGAUCAAAAAAUGUAAGUCUAUUGGUAGAGAUUUUAAGUAUUUAUUGCAACAGCUUAGUUGACAAAUUGAUGUUACUGUAAAGCCAUAUGUUCUGUUAAGUCUAGUUUGCUUGAAACAAUACCUUCCAGGUGAAACACUAGAAUAUUUGGAGUGCACAUGGCUUGUUGUGUUUAAGUGGUUCACCUGCCUUUUAAACAGUUCACCAAUAUUUAGUUUAAUACCAAGCAUUAUACAAUGGAACAUUUCAGAACAAUCUGCGUAUUUAAAACGCUAUAAUCCUUUUAGACAAGUCAAGUAAAAGAAAUGCUCAUGCUGCUAAUGUAAUUACAGUACCUGCAUUUUAAAAGUAAAUAGUGUUUUUAAUACGAAUUUUGGCAGCAGAGCAUGUUAAUUGGUAAUUUCACUGUACUGAUCUGUGUGAGGCUUUCAUUUGUAUGUUCUAAACCAGUUUUUUCACAGCUGGUUUGUGUAUAUAUAUAGUGAUUAUGGAAACUAAUUCUGUGUAAUUUAUAAUUUUCUAUGUCAGUGUAAAAUUCCAACAGCCUUCUCAAACAAACAGAAGCAAUAUACUGUAUAUUGCCACACAUAUUGUCCGGUGAAAGGGUUAAAAUACUCCUGCACUUUUAGACGCAAAACCAUUUUUGUUUCUAUAAUAGUUUUAUUCAUUUAUUUUUUACAUCAUUUGUUUUCCUGACCAGUAUUUAAAGCCAAAAGGAUAUUCUAAACAAUGGCCAAUGAGUUAUUUCAGAAGGCGUCCCAAACAACGUGCCUAAACAUUACAUUGCAUACAGAAAUAAAAAACCCACACGUAUGUCACUGCCCUUAUUGCUUUCUCUUUUGCAUUUUCUUCAAGGUUCAGUGCACUUGUCCUUGGAAGUUUUUGCAGACUGAUCAGUUCUGUGAAAAUGAAGGGUAAAAGCACAAUAUCAUAAGUAGAAGGGGUAUGGUUGCCUUUUUAUUUAUAAGUGAUGGAAUCUAAUCAGUUUCUAAGUUUUCUUUAUCAGUUCAGAAUUACUUUAAGAUCAGCUUGACCAAUACCAUUUUGUGUGUUAGCUUUAAGGUUGGAAGCUGUCCUCUUGUCACUUUGAUCUGUCACCAAACAAGCAGCUUUGACAACAGAGCAGCUCAUUUAGACACGUGAAUUGGAGUCAAGUAGAAAUUCAAUUACUGGCAAGAAGCAAGUUGUUUUGCAUAAGUUUGAUGUUUGUAAGGAGGAAAACUUGAGUCCUUUCCAGUGGAACUAUUUGUGCUGUGCUAAAAAGUUGAUUUAUUUAGCUCUGUAGCUAUGAAAACUGGAGAACACAGUAGAUGAAAUUGAAUCUGGGCCCUGUUGCCUUCUUUUCUGCAGUCUUGUGCUUGUCCUUCUGUUCACAAACUGUCAUAUCAGUCCACUGCUUUGAGGAAGUGUAAAGGUAUGUUUUACCCACUCACUCUACUACUUGCACAAGGAAUCCUGAACUUGAAAGCACUGGAGGUGUGUUUGGGGAGGGGAGGGUGUAUGGGUGUGUGUAAGGACACCUCUUUUGCCAUCUUUUAUCAACACUGCUGCUGAUAUGCUGCUCACAUAGCCUUACCAAGGUCUGAACGUACUGCGAGAAUCCUGAAUGGCUCUUACCCAGCCUGUUUAAUCAGAUUUGACUUGCAUGCGAUAGAAUUUGAGUCUUCUUUAUGAAAAGGUAUUUUAAUGCAUUUGCAGCAUGGACUGAAGUCUAACACCUUUGUACAGGUUUGAGUUCCUGUAGUGUUUUUAGCAGCAAUUAGGAUGAAAUGAACUUGGCUUUGAAAGGCUUGUCCACUGCCACAUUCCACAGUGCUCUUUGAAAUGGCUGAGGGCUCAGUCACUUGAUACUGAGGAUAAUGAUGUCAGUUGAUAUCAAUGGGCAGUGGAUUUAACCCUCAGGAUAUCUCUGGUGAAGGAUUUUUACUCAAGCAAGAGUCUGUUUCAAAAGUGGCUAGACCAGUAAUAUCUGUAGUAGCUCAUUGCCUCUUCCCACCUGGCAGAGUGGAUGAAUCAUGCCUUCUUGACCAGUGAAACCAUUAUUUUUAAGUGUAAGCCCUGAAUUAGUUCUAUAGCAAGAUUGUUCCAUUUAAGUAAAAGCAUAAGCCGUCAUCUUGACUAACAUUGCUAUUAAUUCACUGAAAAGAUAACAGGAUAGUGGAAACAAUCUUAUGUCAUUGUACAUGGAAUCCCGUGUGACCAUGCUCUUGAGUGAAGUCUACAUUUUUGCACCUAUUAAACCUUGUAUCUACCUCUUGAAAACAGUGAGUUCUGUGUUGUCAUCUGCAUACUUCUGUGGAAGCUUACUGUGACAUUCAUUCUUCGUGUGAAAUCCAUUGAGGAGACUUGUGAGGAAGAUGAAUCAGACUCUUACUGUUAUAAACUUACCUUUCUGUUUAAAUUUUAAAGCAUUAAUUUCCUUGGAGAUUUUGUUUUCUGACAUGUCUCAUACAGUUAUAUCAGGAAGUACUUACUGUACAUAACUGGCUCUAUUAAUAGACUUAAUCACUUCUGACUGUCUCAGAAUAAAUAGUGCUUUCUUCAGUGUACUGUAAGUGCUUUCAGUUUCAUUAUGAAAGUGUCUGUAUUGUUUUCCAAACCGGGAUGGAAAAUGGCUGUUAGUGUGGUACUAAAACACCCUGUUUUGGGAAAGGUUUUAACUUCUGUCUUUAGCUUCUGCAUCUUACUUGCUAGCAGGUAAGGAUUUGGCAUCUUCCUGUUCCCUUAUUUUUGUUUGAGUAUGUAAGGUUACAGCAUGGAAGGAUCUAUGCUGUAGAAGCAUAAUUCUGUGCUUCUAGAUGGCAAUAAAAUUAAAAAAAUAUUCUUACUGUAAAGAUAGAGGCAUCUUUCUGUCUCCUUAGGUCACAGUUCAUGACAUUUUUUGGACUUGCUCAGAUCAGGUUCUGUUAUUUCAAUUCUGAUUUGCCCUGUGUUUAGUCUUGGUUAAUGACUUGAAUGUAAUCGCUUCUAUGAUAUCCAAAGGAAAUCUGUGUACUUCUUACUCCACUGCCAUAAGUUAAAGCAUUGAGACCCAAAUUUUACCUUCUUUUGCUGAUAGCAUCUUUCAGAAUUUCUCUUUUAGGUGACUGGGCUUAGUGUUUUGCGUAUAUUUUAUUGGAGAGGGGACAGUGUUCUGUAUUUCUGUCUUAAAUCACUAAGUACCUUGCAAAAUGAGGUGGGAUUCCCUUUAUCUUUCUGGCCAUAGCUUAAAUGCAGUUACUCUGAUUCUAGGUCCUCAUACUGGAUUUGAGUUGUGUAUGGUGUGGGUGCUUUCCUUGAUUUGUGUUUUCUGUGUCUCAGAUCAUGAUUCUGGAGACUGUAAGUUAGAUCACGAUUGUUGGUGUACAGUCACCCAGAGUAAGCUCCACCUUGCCUAGCUGUUGCAGAUUUUGUUGCUCAUGUCCUGUAGAUACAAUGGAGAUAUAAUCCUUGCCCAUUUGCAAAGGGGAAGUUUAUGUGGUUGUCUCACUACUUUGAUCUGUGGAUGAUAGGUAGAUGGAUGUUUAAUUCUCAAGACGUCAUUUUUUCAGAUGGAACCUGGACCUGUUACGGAUCAGUUAGGUCUGCUUUUAAACUCCACUAUGUGCCACGUUUCUAUCUUUCUUACCUGGGAAGGGUUCUUCCAUUCCCCUUAUCUACAUCAAUGAUUUGUCACAGAUUGUCACAAUUUCACCUUGGGUAAUGCACUGGCUCUUUCACAAGGGCACUGAAGUCUGACUGCAGAUGUUGCAAAUAAAACCUGCUUUUCCUUACACCAUACAGAGUUAAGUGUUUGGGAAAUUGCUAUUUUUUCAAAUGAAAGAUAAAAAGUGUUGACUGUCUUAUACUGAUUCUCAUAUCAGACAGAGUCAAGAGAUUGCUAAGAUAAACUAAGACGGCUAAAACUCAAGUGACCUUGUUUGUGUAGUUGGGAGUUCUCCAAAACACCUUUCCUCCUAUAUCUUUAUAGAAACAUUUGUUAAUGCUGUAUUUGUUUAAAAGGGUUGUUUUUCUUCAGUCACUGCUAAACUUAAAAUUCUGAGAUGUGCUUUCAGAUGAGAAGGGUCUGCUUUGGAGUGAGUCAUGGAGGACUGUGCAUACUGACAGACAAAGUAGUAACAAGGAGCUGUGAGAUAUUCAUGGCACUGUGGGGCCCUAUUGUUUCUCUUUAGUCCCUUCAGAAUAAAGUAGGAAGAUAAAAGGGCUGAUGAAAUGUGCCACUUUGCUUUUUAAUGCUAGUACUUUGCUUGUCUAGUUUGAACUACUCCAAAAACAAUUCUCUGAACUUGGAAAGUGGUGGGUGACUUCCUGGUAAGUAAAUUGUUUCAAGCUUUAGUUACACGAUUCAUGUGGAAUUGAUACUUAUUUCUAUGUACAAGCACUGAAGACAAUUUUUAACUGAACUAUUUAAAUAAAUAUUUAUAGAUUGA